AUGUAAGGAGCGAUUAAGUCGAGGAUUCGGCGAUCGGUAGAAGCCGAACGGCCUCUCCACCUUCCUCACUUCAGUGAGCGCGUCCCUAGUUGCACACAGAAAUAUGAAAUAUUUAUUUCUUCUUUUGCCCACCAUCCCACCCAAAUUAAGCUCAAUCUCAUUUACAGUAUACACCAUGCUAUAUUUGCUGUUGGCUAACAAUGCAUCUUUAGCCAUUUGUAUCUGCACAGUGCUCGACGCCCGAUACGAAACACACACAAACAAGUCAAAGCUAACUGCUCAAAAAAUAUUUUAUCAAACUCUCAAUCAAGUCUCGCUAUGGCUUCUUGCCAGAUAAAGCGCCCUUCCAUCUUCGACAACAGGCGUUAAUAUCUUUGCACGGACCAGUCUACCAUACACACACUGUCUCUUGGUUUACUACAUAGUCAUCACAU